AUGGGCCUGCCAGCACCCCUAUCCAUCCUUCCUCUGCAUGUGAUCGUCCGCUCCCUACUGACAUCAACAAUAUCCUCCUCGCCUAUCCUUCUUCCCCCCUCGCUAUGGCUAAUGUCUGUCCUUGCACACACCGCCAGCCCGCUGCUGAACCCAGACAAGAACCCGCUCUUACGCUUCUUCCUAAAGAAUACGUUUUACGCACAGUUCUGCGCCGGAGAAACCCCAGCCGAAGUUGGCCGAACCAUCAAGGGCCUCAAAGACAUCGGGUUCUCAGGUGUCAUACUGGGAUACGCAAAGGAGGUUGUCUUGACCGACGCUCAGAAAAAGGAACUCAGUGCAUGCAGCGAAGGCAAGAUUGCGGAAGAAUGUAUUCGCAACGAGAUUAUUCCUUGGGCCAGAGGUACCUUGGAGACAGUACAGUUGGCAGAACCUGGAGACUUUGUUGCCCUAAAAUUCACUGGUGCCGGCCGUCAAGCACUACAUUCUCUUUCAGAACGUUUACCACCCUCUGCCGCCUUGACCGACGCCAUCAACUCCAUCUGCUCUCUCGCUAUAGAGCGUGGCGUUCGCCUCUUAUUCGACGCCGAACAGGCCUCUCUGCAACCUGGUAUCGACGACUGGACCAUGGAGUACAUGCGAAAGUACAAUACCGUUCCUGGGCAAGCCCUCGUCCACGGGACGUACCAGGCAUACCUCAAGUCAACCGCAAACACUCUCUCAAGACAUAUCCGAGUCGCAAGAGAAGAAGGCUUUACAUUGGGUGUAAAACUUGUGCGCGGUGCCUACAUUGGAUCCGACCCGAGACACCUCAUCCACGAAACGAAAGCAGGCACGGACACCUGCUACGAUGGCAUUGCCGAAAGUCUUCUCAAGAAACAAUGGGGAAGUGUCUUGCAGGGUGACUUUCAAAUGCCCCCAAUCAGCUUGGUCAUUGCUUCUCACAAUGCCGAGUCCGUCAGGCGGGCUCGAGAAAUUUGUACCGAUGGGGAGGUCAGUACCGACGUAGUCUUUGCACAAUUGCAAGGCAUGGCGGACGAAGUUAGCUGCGAGCUGGUCUGUCUGACAGGUUCGGACGAUAUGCGGGGGCAGAAACGAGCGAAGUCCCAGGCCAUCGAAGCGUACAAGUAUCUCGUGUGGGGGUCGACUGGAGAAUGCAUGAAGUAUCUCUUGAGAAGGGCGCAUGAAAAUCGUGACGCAGUGCAGCGAACGCGGAGUGGACGCAAUGCGAUGUUCAAUGAAUUGGUGAGGAGGGUGAAGAGUAGUAUUGGGGUAUCCGUCUAA